AUGCAACUAGCACGUAUUCUUAUUCUGGUCGCUCUUUUGGCAACAGCAGUCAGCAAUGCUUUUCCAAGUCUGUGUGUGUCUUCACUUACCAAAGAUCCAUUGAAAGUUCUUGCUAAAUCAAAUAUUGCACGACGAGAUAACUUCGAUCCAUAUGGCCUCAACUCAAUAUUAAGUCGAUUUAGUAAACGUGAAAACUGGCGUGACAGUGAUGACAACAGCAAAUAUUCUUCUGAUGAAACAAAUUUUGCUUUAUAA